AAAACUCAAUAAUCUCUCUGAUAAUCACCUGAUUGCGAACUCAGUUAAUUAGCCGUAAUCGUCAGUUAUGGGAAGGUCGCCUUGUUGUGAGAAGAAUGGGCUCAAGAAAGGGCCAUGGACGCCUGAAGAAGACCAGAAGCUCGUCGACUAUAUUCAGAAACAUGGCUAUGGCAACUGGAGAACCCUCCCCAAGAAUGCUGGUCUGCAGAGAUGUGGGAAGAGUUGCCGGCUGCGGUGGACGAACUAUCUCCGACCGGACAUAAAGCGAGGCCGGUUCUCGUUCGAGGAAGAAGAAACCAUCAUUCAGCUACACAGCAUAUUGGGCAACAAGUGGUCUGCUAUUGCGGCUCGUUUACCAGGACGAACCGACAAUGAAAUCAAGAAUUACUGGAACACACACAUCAGGAAAAAGCUUCUUAGAAUGGGGAUCGAUCCAGUGACGCACAGCCCACGUCUCGAUCUCCUCGACAUCUCCUCCAUCCUCAGAUCGUCCCUCUACGACUCUUCCCACCAGAUGAACAUGCCCAGGCUCAUGGGAAUUCAACCUCUGGUCAACCCCGAAAUACUCAGACUCGCAACCUCCCUUUUCUCCUCCCAAACCCUAAACGAUAACCCGAACAGAAGCUUCCACCACCAAAACGCUCAAGAAAGCCAAACUGUCCUAAACCAAUUCCAAACGCUUCAAACCGACCAACUUCACGACAAGAUUCAAGAACUCCAAUCUUGCAUUCCGUACUCCAGCGAUGCUCAGCUCAGCAUGGACCCUCCGAGCUUAACCGCCGCAGGGUUUGGUGAACAAAGCUCUCAUGAAUGGCACUGUAAUGGGGUUCCUUCAAAUAUGCCGCAAGAUUGCAUGCCUCCAUUGCCGCCGGACUACGAUUACUACUCAAACUCGGUUUCCUUGUUAGACCCUUCAUGCUAUUCCGACCAAGACUUCAACUUUGCUUCGGUCUUAACGACGCCUUCGUCGAGCCCGACGCCAUUAAACUCGAGUUCAACUUACAUUAACAGUAGCAGUUACAGUACUGAAGAUGAAAAGGAGAGCGAUUGCAGUAAUCUCGCGACGUUUGAAAUCCCAGAUUUUUGGGAUAUUAAUGGUUUUAUGUAAUUUCAAGUAAACGAGUCCAUGCGGGAGAGACUAUUUUUUUUUAUUUAAAAAAACUCAUUUCUUUUUUUUUUUUAAUUAUUAUUAUAUAUCAUUG